GGGUGUGACGUUGGAGCUGGAGGUUUUUUUUCUCCUCCCGCAGAGGGUUACCGAAGCCGCGCAGGUGGAAAAAAACAGCAGCAGCAUCAGCAGCAGCAUCAGGAGGAACAUCAGCAGGGGUUUUUUUUUUCAUUCUAAAGCGGAGAUGCUGAACUGAUCUCACCACGCGUUUGUGGACAUCCCAGGAGGCGCGUGCGUCCGUUUUCUUUCUUAUUCCUCCUCCUCGUUAACGGAGGAGGGGGGGGGGAUGCUAAAGCCGUUAAAACCCCUAAAGCCCUUAGAGCUCUUUGCGCUUCUUCUACAGGGAUGCCUUCAUCCAGGAGAGGAGAGAAGAGAAGAGUGUGGGCCGCGAUUCUUCUCAUAGGCACCAUCACCAUCAGCACCACUAUGGCAGUGGGCCAGUGUCCCCGCAGCCUGGACUGUGCACGUGAAGGGCGUAAUUUUUGCCAGCCUGGCUCGUCCCAGUGCGGCCCCUGUCUGGCUCCGCUCAUCGAGAACAAGAAAGGGAAGUGUGUGGUCAGGAGACGGAAUCACAUCAAAGAAGCGGAUUUGCGUCCCGAGCUAGAUGAAGAGAUCGACUUCCUCUCUUCAAUCAUAACCAAACACAGAGAAUCUGAGAUGAAACAUACUGCACCGUCUCAGCCUGUCUCUCAUAUCAAAGAUGACUCCUCAUGGCCAAGGGGUCACAACAGAGUGGAAUCCUCUCCCAGCUACAAUGCAGCGAGGCACCCUGUAACACACACUCUGACCACAUUGUCUACUACCACCAGCUCCACUGCUACCACCUCCAGUGCCACCAGCUUCAGUCCCAACACUAUCAAUCCUCUGAUAUCAGCCAUGCAGAGCGCCCCACUCAUUGUGCCCUACCCAUCUGAGGACCAUUUUAAUAUCGUUACAGCAGGAGUGUGUCUUAUGGUGGCGUCAGUGGCUUUGGUCUUGUUUGGAGUGUGCUGGGUGAGGAUGCAGAGAGGAACUCGUCUGGCACAGAAAGUGGACUACCCAGCCUUCGGGGUAAUGAGCCCCCACUCUUACGACAGCGCAGCUUCUGGAGAUAAAAACCUGGCCCAGAGUGCUCAGAUGUACCAUUAUCAGCACCAGAAACAGCAGAUGUUGUCACUCAAACAAAGAGAUGAAUCUAAGAUCCCUGAAUCUGCAGCUACCUCGGAUGAGGAGAAUGAAGAUGGAGAUUUUACUGUGUACGAAUGCCCUGGACUCGCCCCGACUGGUGAGAUGGAGGUGAAAAACCCACUGUUUGAUGACUCCACUCUUCAUCUUCAUCUUGACCUCCAAAAAAGCUACAACUGAAAAUGGACUGCACGUUCACGUUGAAACCACAUCCACAAUCUUGCACCAAUGUCAAAUCCCAUCUGCGAUCCCACGCCAAGAUGCCAUGAGGAAAUGGAAGGCAGCUGGGAAAUUGAAAGAGGGAAAAAAAAUAAAGAGAAUUGGAUUCGGACUGUGUGGAUCCGACGUCACCUAGUCAAUGAGGGUGUUCCUAGUCGCUUUUCAUUUUCAAACCUUCCUCUACAUCCAUUGUUCAUUGAUUGACUGUUAAGUUGUGUGUGUAGAAACUGGAAGCCAGUUAACAUAUCUGCCUAAACAAAUGAUUUGCCUUUAAAACAUACAGAAACAGCUACGGUCCUGUACACACGUGUACAUUCUACACUACUGCAUGGAUUGAGCAUUUCAUCCAAUACUCACAAGCUACCUUUUUGGAGGAACGAUACGCUGACAACGAUUUGUGGUUGUUUUAUUUAUUUAUUUAAAUAUUUUUUUCCUUUUAUUUCCAAUCAUAAUGAUGCAUCUCAAAUUUAAAAAAAUUUGCACACAAUUGUCUGCUAUACAAAGCCUUGACGAAACUCUCCACUUUCAGAAGUCACCAUUGCCCUCACAGUAUAUGCACGCGACAGUAUAAAACAUGGGGUGCAUGUCAGGUUCUGUUUUUUACACUGCUUUCUCUCUUUCUCUCUCUCUCGCUCUUUUUUUCUCGCUUUUACUUACAUGGCAAAAUCAAUUGGUCCUAGUGUCCGAUUUUUGCACGUUCAUGAUUUAUCUGUGUUCUCCAACAACUAUGGGGAGGUAUUGGAACAAGCUCUGGGCUCAUAUCUUAAUUUUCUCUAGUUUCUCAUCAGUUAUGCAAAAAAACAUUUGGGCAGCUCAGUGAAGGAGUGAGUAGCAUUGAAACGGCAUGGUCCCUGAUUCAAUCCUGAGCUCUGGUUCAAAUGUUUACCUUGUGAUUUUCUCCCAACCGUCCCAACCCAGUUGGCGGUUUUGCUACAAUAAAUUACCCGUAUGUGUGAAUGUGUAUGUUUGAUGCACUACAAUUUCCUGAUUUCCCAUUCAGGAUGUAUUUGCACCAAAUUUAGAUCCACCACUACUCUAACCAGAAUAAAGCAUGUACUGUAGAUGAAUAAAUGAUAAGAAAUAUUCCCAUUAUUAUGGAUAAUUUAAAUAAUGACCACUUAAUUGUCAUGGCUCUGGAAUACUGAUCAGAUUGUUGGUAGUUUUAAUCAUCGUUGUGUUCUCAAGUUGCUUUGAACAUAAUGUGUCCUCCAAAUGUAAAUGUUAAACUACAAGUAAAAACAAUAAUGGGUUCCUGUGUGGUGGAACAGAAACGCACUGGGAGAUCAUGAGUUCAAAUCCGUAUUGGGAGCAAACCUGGCUGUGAUCUCUGUAUAGGAUGGCAUACUUUCUAUCCCAUCUGUCAAUCACAGAAACACUAAGCAAUCAUGGGUAUGUGGAAGAUAACAGUUAAAGCUUCCCUCCAAAUGGCCUACACAUCCCUUUGACACAACAUGAAAAUCGCAGUCUUGGAGGAAGCACAGAAAAUACAUUAGAAAUGAACCUGAUCAGGACUGGAGAUUCUUCAUGCAUAUGAUCCCAGGGCUCAGGUCCAAUAUCAGGUCACUGCACAGCCUUCGGAUCUGCCUGUUUGUUUGUACGAUAUUGUGAAUACUGUGCGAUAGGAACUGAACUUGUGGACUUAAUGCUUAAAACAUAUCAAACAUGACAUUGGAUCUCGAAAAGCUAGAUUGUUGAAUACAACCUGGCUGUUCACUCACACUGCAAGUGAUUUGAUGUAUGUACCGAAAAAGCCACCCUAUAUGAUUUCUAGAGCUCAUGAGGUUCCUUUCUACCAAAGUAGAAUGUAAGUGGUAUUUUCUAAAACUCUAUUUGUGGUUUUACUAUUUUCAUAAUUGUGCACAUACUGUAUGAAUACGCCUAAAUGAUAUAAUGUAGCCUUUGUAUAGUCUGUAUUGGUCUUACUAUGCAUGAGCCAAAGCUAUGGAAUGAUAAAGGGGAGUCUGUAUGCAUUUUCAGCACUGCUUCAUGACCCUGAGCAGACUCACGUGGCCUGUGGAUAUGUACCAUUUGAGUUGUGGUCCAAACAAAUUCGAGAAACCUGGCACAGCAACUGUGAAAAUUGGCAAUCGUGCAUUGAAUGCGAGCCGAACGCUGCUCGUCCUUACGGUCUGUGAUUGUGCUCUGUUGUAUAUAACUGCAGCUGCGUUUAGAGAAGACUUAAGGCCUGCCUGCUCAGUUUGCUGUAUUUGUACAAUCCCCCUGUCAUCUCUGCAGUAGUUCUCGCGUCGCGCCUGGGGAUUUGACGGUGUGCUCGGUUGAAGUAUUCGUUCUUUGCUGCUGGUUCUCAGGAAAACUGCCAACAGUAGCAAGACCUUCAUUAAUCCGUUAUCUCCUUCCUGUCUCUACUUGUAAAAUAAGCCCCAUGACGGUCUUGGAGUGGAUUUCUCUCAAACUGGCUUCACGCUUCGGUAUGCUGACUUUUGUUUUUAAUCCUGCAGAUGAAGGAAGGUGAAGUGAUCUGCCCUUCAUUUAAAGUACCCUUUUCAAACAUGUCAUCUUUAGGUCUCUGUAGAAGCCCUUUCACAAUGUUCUCAGUGAUUUUCCACUUUAAAUAAAGAAUACAGAAUAGCCCUAGAUAUUAUAAGACAUGGAAAAAAAAACAGCCUGCCCUACAUUACAUAAAUUCCUACCCAUACACGUGUUCACUGUGUAUGUCGGUCUUAAAUAUUACAACUCUUUUUUUUUUUCCACCUAAUUAAAUUGUUUAUCAUGCAUGUAAAGAUAGGAUAUUAAAUAAAGAGAAAUAAAUAAAUAUUUAUAUU